AUGGAUCGAUUCAUGAAACCUGACAGACUUGAGUGUGAUGAUUUUGAACAAGCAACAAGUAUUCUCGAGUCUAUCUACAUAAAACCAAAGAAUGAAAUAUUUGCCAGACACAUUUUGUCAACACGAAAGCAAAAACCAAGUGAAACAAUAGAUCAAUUCCUCAAUGAACUUAAAAAUUUAUCUAAGGACUGUAAGUUCACUGCUGUUACAGCUGAGCAAUAUAAAUCUGAAAUGAUUCGCGAUGCGUUUAUAAAUGGCUUACUCUCCAAUAGUAUACGCCAACGUUUACUAGAAAAUAAAAUAUUAGACCUUUCAUCAGCCUUUGACCAAGCCAGAUCUUUAGACGUGGCCCAACAAAACUCAAACUUAUACUCACAAUUGACUAUACCUACCUCUGCCUCUAUUCAGGAAAUCAAAUCACCUUUACAAAAACAGUCCAUGACUGAUAAUCACUUAGCUGCUACAGCAAAAUCAAAACAAUUAUCAUCUAAUGUUUCUGCUGCUAUUCCUAAAAUUGAUGAUGAUUACUUCUGUGCCACCAUAUCAGCUUCAGCAAACUCUUUAUUCAGAGUUUGUCAUAACAUCAUUAUUAAUGAUAGAUAUAAAGCAGAAGCAUUAAUUGAUAGUGGAAGUACAAACAAAAGUUUUAUAAGCAACAAACUAGUGACUCUACUCCAUUUAAAUAUUAUUUAUGAACAGAGUGUAAUUGGAAUGGCAUCAGCUGCCUUAUCUGCAAAAUCAGAUGGAUAUUGUUAUGUCUCAAUAACUCUUCAAAACAAAAUCUAUAACAAAGUCAAGUUGCAUGUGCUGGAUAACUUAUGUGUAGUUGUUAUCUUUGGCACAGAUUUUCAAGAGUUGCAUGAAAGUAUUACCAUCAAGUAUGGUGGGAAAAGACCACCCAUAACAUUUGCUGCUUUAAUAACAAUGAAAACUGAACCUCCUGAAUUAUUUGCUAAUCUCAUGUAA